AUGCAACGGCUCCGCCGGACAUGGCCAAGCGCGGCUGAGAACAGCAGCUUUUUUUUCACGGAUUGGCCUCAUGGACUAAGGAAUCUGGUCUCCAUCCUCCCAGCUUAUUCACCCUCGAGCCAAGACAAGGACGCUUUGGCCGGCAAUUGCCGUGGCGACUCCCCGACAAGCGACGAGGCAGUGCCAAGCUUGGCGGUGCCUCUGCUCGCCGGGGCCGAGGAGCCGCUCCCGGCCGAGGACGCAUUCCGGGCACUGGAGGGCUUUCCAGGUGAACCAGUUUGUGGAGUGGAUGGACAAGGAGGGCCGCUGGAGAUUGGGCCGGACCCGGAGGUCGUCCGUCAGGCGUUGUCGGACCUUGCAGAGACGCGAGAGCGCAUCCGGCAGCUGAGGGAGGCCAGCGCCCAGCACUCGGAAGCGAGAGAAGCUGCUGGAAGCGAGUGA